AUGUCGUGGUUGAAAUCGGCUGUGAGCAAAGCGGUGGAGGUUGGGAACAAUAGCAACCUGACUCGCGCAGUCAAGAACUAUGCAGACACCGUCGUCCAACAAGCUGGUCAGGCCGUCGCCGAUGGAGCCAAAAUCUUGCAGGAUCGCAUUGCCACUCUCAAUUUUAGAAGUGCUAAGCAAACAAUUAAGAGAUUGGAAGAGGCAGCUGUCUCCUGUAGGGGCCAAGAGAGAUCCUUGUUAAUGGGAAGAUGGUUGGAAGUGCUUAAAGAAGCUGAGAAAUCUGAGGCAGGUUCCUCGGAAGAUAAUAAAUACAAUGCUUAUGAGCAGUACCUUCUGCCUGAUGAUGCUAGAGAAGGUCUAAGAAAAGUAUCCACGAUUCUGUACUAUGAUGCUGAUGUUGGUGGCGAGCCGCUCCCUUUCCGUGACAUUUUCCUGCAAAGUCAGGCUUUGGAGGGCAUCACGUUAUCGAUGAUCCUCCACUCACCAAAUGAAGAUGAAAUUGCUCUGUUACUGGAGUUGUUUGGUGUUUGUCUAACUGGAGGAAAGGAAGUGCAUAUUGCAAUACUGAGCAGUAUCCAGGAUCUGGCUACAGUUUUUACAAAAUACAAAGAGGAAGUGCUGGUUAAAAGGGAGGAGUUGCUUCAGUUUGUGCAAGGUGCCAUUACAGGGUUGAAGAUUAAUGCUGAGAUGGUCAGAAUCGAUGCUGAAGCAGCAGACCUAAAAAACAAACUUGAUGGGAUAACUGUGCAGGGUCCAACAAAUGAAACCAAGGACAACGAAUCUGUUAGUUCCACUAAUGAAGCUAUAGAGGCUCUCAAGGAAGCAUUAGCUAAAAUCCGAACUUGUUCAAGACUGGAAGAGCUUUUAUUGAGAAAGAAAAGUUUAACCUUUGGAGACACUCCAGAGAUUCAUGCCCAAAAGAUCGACAAGUUGAAAGUCUUGACAGAAUCUCUUGCUAGUUCUGUGACAAAAUCUGAAAAGCGCAUUGUAGAUCAGAGAGUACAAAAGGAAGAGGCUUUGAAAGUUCGUAUGUCUAAAGCUGACGAAGCCAAUGAAAAGGAAAAGGAAAUAGGUGCUGCGAUUACUGUACUUGAAAAGGAAAGAGAUGAACUCGAAGCCCAGUUGAAAAAGGUUAAUAUUUCCUUAGCUGCUGCAAAUGCACGCCUCAAUAAUGCCAGAGAAGAGAGGGAACAGUUUUUAGAAGCAAACAAUCAGAUUAUUGAGCAUUUGAACGCAAAGGAAGAUGAGCUGACGUGCUCAAUAACUGCAUGCAAGGUAGAAUCUAAUGUUCUGGGCACGUGGGUUAACUUCUUGGAGGAUACUUGGGUUCUCCAGCGCUCCUAUGUGGAAACGAUCGAGAAGCAGGCAACUGAUGAGCUGGAGAAUCAUGAGGAGUACUUCACGAAAUUGGCUGUCAAUCUUCUAACUGACUACAAGAAAGAAUUGGAACCUUCUAUUGGCCGCAUUGGUACAUAUGUUGAGAACUUAAAGGCAUUAAGUCCACGGUCAGAGGUACCAGCCAGUGCAGAUAAUCAAGAUUCUCAAGUAACUAGCCCGAGGCGGCAUCUUGAGGAAGAAUACAUGGAUUAUGAAGCGAAGAUCGUGACCACCUUCAGUGUAGUGGAUAACAUGAGAGAGCAAUUCUAUGCUAAAAAAGACGCAAGUUCAAGGAAACACGACGAAAGAGUGAAGGAGCUGUUUAACGAGAUCGAAAAGCUGAGACAGGAAUUCGAUGCCAUCGAAAGACCAAAUCUUGAGGUGGAGGUUCCGAGCUCAAAGCAAGAAACAACAUCCGAUCAGGAGAAAUCAGCGGAUAUUUCUCCCCACCCUACAGCGGAGCUGCCCAAGGGAGAACCUAGUUCGCCAAAGCCACCUGCUGAGCUUCCCAAGAAACCAGACACAAGUGGUGGUGAGGCUGGGAAUCCCCUUGAUCCUGAAGCAGAACUAGCAAAGCUGGAGUCAGUGUUCGGCAAGAUUGAUCCAACAGAUUAUUCACCAGAGGAGGUUGGCGAAUGGGAGUUUGACGAGCUCGAAAGAGAACUACGAGCCGGCAAUAACAACACCAAAUCCUGA